CACGGCCGGUAUAAGCUUCUUCGUGCCUUUCACAUCAAAUUUGCGGUGUUGCUCGUCAUGCUACUGGCUGGACCUACGGAAGAAUUUUUUUUCGAAUAGUGAGUGAAUAGUCUUUUUCUGUAUCUUUGUGUUUACACGAGAAGACAUGGGCGCUCGCAGAAAAAAAUUCGAGAGGGACAAAAUCUUAAGAUCCCUCUAAAGAAACUCAAGUAAAAAACAAGGAAAAUUUUCAUUUCGAAACUUAUUGUAUCAGACAUAUAAUUUAUGUGUUUUCUUUUCGUUUUAUUUAUGAAUUUUUCAAUUUAUGAUUUAGAAUUUUAACAUUGCAAUUUUUCAAUUCCAGGGGGGAAGGCAACUGCCUCUCCUUGCCCCCCUCCGGGCGCCCAUGCAAGAAAUUAAUUUUCGGGAAAUUUUAAGUGCCUCGAAAUUACUGUACAAACGGUCAAGGAUGACUUUCUCGUUGAAAAUAUCGAACAAAGUCAUCGACUAUUAUUCUGCGAGUACGACACUUCGAUUCCUAGAAAGGCAAACUCUUGAAAUUGAAAAACCAUGCAUAAGAAAUGUACAACAAACAAGGAGUAGCCUUAGCCUCGAGAAUACUUGGGGAAUCUUCGAUCCGUUUCAAGGAUUCUAUACUGAACUUCUGCCUGUCACAUUUCAGUCCUAGAAAGGCUCUGACAGAGUUUUUUCAGUCAUUGAGGACAAAAAAGCAACCGCCCAAGCAGAAUGUACAACACUAUCACAUGCAUUACUAUCCAAUGCCCUUGACUCUGUUGGGCUGGAUGAAAGCGCCGGACAAGCAAGAACUCGACAAGCUGUACGAAGAUCGUCUCACGUCAUUCGGAUGGACAGAUUACCACUACAAGUUCUCGCCCGAUCCUUCAAUAAUCAUGUCGGGCUUUCCACCGUUAUGGGAUGAUACGGAUUUAUGGAACGAGGAAAUUACAGGUCCCGAUAACGUGCGUGCCACGAUCGAUCGUAACGCCAAAGGCAUAUUGCUGCGAGUUCCUGUCAAUCAGCAGUUUGUGCUCCAUUUGAUGAAGAAACGAGGACAGAAAGAAACGGCGGUCUGAGGAUUGUUGAUGCGUUGUCGCUUAACCGCCGUGCUCCAUUCUAAUUGAACUUUGGACUAAUUAUUGGGAGAUUAGUCUUUAAGCACUUGUUUCGUGCGUAACUCCGUGGCAAAUCGUGUUAUUUAUUAAGCGUAAUUGACACACAGAUGUUAUCAAAACUGUUCUCGUAUUUUGAUACAUAUCUGUAACAGAGAUUCGUAACUAAGAUAUUAGCUGGAUGUCUAAUUCUUAAACCUAUUCUUAAUAUUUUUUAAUACUUCUCAAUGUACUCUGUAAUUUACAAUUUAUGAUAUAAUUUACUUAUUAAUUAAUUACUGUCUUUGAUUGAGUAUUAUAUAACUCUUGAUUAAUCAGCCUCUAUGGGACUGGACUUUAAGCUGGAUAAUGAAUGGCUGAUUAAUCAAAAAAGCAUACAAAAUAACAUUUAGUUUGUAAAUCGGAUUUAAAAAGUAUGUAUAUAUGUUGUAUAUAGAUUUUUCCCCAAGAGAAAUGAUCCCUGACAAAUGGUUAAAAAAACAAUAUUAACUGAAAAAAAUAUGUACACGAAGCGACUACGAUCCAAAAAGUAACUACUAACUGAAGCGUAAGCUCGAUAACUUUCAAACUUAUGAUUAGCAGUGCUCUUACUUAACUUUACUUUACUUUCCGUACAAAGAAAAACAACUUUUAUAGUCGAUCCGACUGGCAAUGAGCACAGACUAAAAAAGAUGGACCAACAGGAAAAUGUAAUAAAAUUUCUUUUAUUUUAAUGAUUAUAUUCUGAUGCAUUUCGUUGUGAAAUAUAUGUUAAAAAAU